GAGGGUCCCAUGCUACUGUAUUUUCUCUUGUGCCCUGGGACCCCUUUCCCCUUCUGCACAUUGUUGGCUCAGUCUAAAGGAGGAGACGAUGCCUUGUUCAAUCAGAUGAAAGUUUGCAUAAUAACCAUGAAAGGACAGCGGUAAAAUCUAACCUCUCUCAAGCCAGGAGCUUCUGUCUAAAUGGGUCCAGUCAUGCCUCCCAGUAAGAAGCCAGAGGGCUCAGGAAUUAGUGUUUCCAGCGGACUGAGUCAGUGUUACCAAGAUAGCGAUUUAUCAAAGGCACUUCAUGAGGACGAGGACCUAGAUUUCUCUUUGCCUGCCAUCAGAUUAGAUAAAGGGGCCGUGGAGGAUGAAGAACUAACUAACUUGAACUGGUUACAUGAGAGCAAGAAUUUGCUGAAAAGCUUUGGAGACUCAGUUUUAAGAAGUGUUAGCCCAGUUCAGGACAUUGAUGAUGACACGCCUCCUUCUCCUGCUCAGUCGGACAUGCCCUAUGAUGCCAAGCAGAACCCCAAUUGCAAACCUCCUUAUUCCUUUAGCUGCCUCAUAUUUAUGGCCAUUGAGGACUCGCCAACCAAACGCCUGCCUGUAAAGGAUAUAUACAACUGGAUCCUAGAACACUUUCCCUAUUUUGCUAAUGCUCCCACUGGAUGGAAAAAUUCUGUGAGACAUAAUCUGUCAUUGAAUAAGUGUUUUAAGAAGGUGGACAAAGACAGAAGUCAGAGUAUUGGAAAGGGGUCCUUGUGGUGUAUAGACCCAGAAUAUAGACAAAAUCUCAUUCAGGCUUUGAAAAAGACACCCUAUCAUCCAUAUUCACAUGUGUUCAAUACACCUCCCACAUCUCCUCAGGCAUAUCAAAGCACAUCAGGUCCACCCAUUUGGCCAGGAAGCACCUUUUUCAAGAGAAAUGGAGCCCUUCUACAAGAUCCUGACAUUGAUGCUGCCACUGCCAUGAUGCUUUUGAAUACUCCCCCUGAGAUACAAGCAGGUUUUCCCCCUGGAGUGAUACAAAAUGGAGCUCGUGUUCUGAGUAGAGGAAUGUUCCCAGGAGUUAGGCCAUUGCCAAUCAACCCUAUUGGAAGCAUGGCUGCUGCAGUAAGGAAUGGACUAGCAAACUGCCGGAUGAGGACAGAAAGUGAACAGUCGUGUGGCUCUCCAGUCGUUAGUGGGGACCCAAAGGAGGAUCACAACUAUAGCAGUGCCAAAUCUUCCAACCACAGGAGCACUUCACCUGCUAGUGACUCUGUUUCCUCUUCCUCUGCUGAUGACCAUUAUGAAUUUGCUACUAAAGGCAGCCAAGACAGCAGCGAAGGGAGUGAAGUUAGCUUCCAGAGCCACGAGAGCCAUAGUGAAACGGAAGAGGAGGACAAAAAGCAAAACCGAAAGGAGACCAAGGACUCUUUAGCUGACAGCGGGUAUGCAUCCCAGCACAAGAAAAGGCAACAUUUACUGAAGGUGAAAAAAGUACCAAGUGACACGCUGCCUCUUAAAAAGAGACGUACGGAAAAGCCCCCCGAGAGUGACGAUGAGGAGAUGAAAGAAGCAGCUGGAUCACUCCUGCAUUUAGCGGGAAUUCGGUCCUGUUUGAAUAACAUCACCAAUCGGACGGCAAAGGGGCAGAAAGAGCAAAAGGAAACCACAAAAAAUUAGAACAAAUCAUUGAUUUGUUUGAACUUACAAAAUUUUGUUUCAGCACGUCAGGUGAAUUCUAAUGAUUUGUGGCAAUAUCAGCAUUUUUUGUUUUGUUUUUGUUUUUUGUUUUUUUCUUUUUUUGGACCCUUAAGAUUUUUAUUUUUAAAGGAGAUUGAAGCCAUAGAACUCAUACUGACACUCAGCUAAUUUACAAAAGCUUUUCAUUACCUGAAGACACAAAGUAAAAAAGCCAAAAUCACCAUUGCUUUCUCCAGCUUGUCAGAAAUGCAUGGUUGAAUACGCAGUGACAUCAACAUUAUUGUGAUGGGAGUACAAUUCGGCCCUUGGAAAUCCCUCUGAUACCUAGAAGAGAUGUGCAUAAUUCAGUAAUCAUUCAGGCCUGGCCCUUAGGUUAAAAAAAAAUGGCCUUACAAUUGGGUUUAUAAGUGAAUGUUAAUAAAGAGAUUUGGAGGAGGCAUGGAGUCCUUAACACCAAACCAAGAACCGGUGGCAGUUGGAUACAGUUGUGCCAUAGAAGUCUUUGGACAGCCACUGGAGGCAAUUGCGCAUACAGUAAUGCAUUAUUAGUGCUCCCUGUACUAUAUGUGGCUCAUAAUGUGAAGACUGUUAACUUUAAGUUGUGGAAAAUUUGAACUGUGUAUGCAACGGGUUUCAGUGAAAUAAUGAGAAGAAAUGGUUGGGGGGGGGGAGAGGGAAUUGUUAAUGGUAUUGUUAAUCAUUGAAUUCUGUCUUCUAUAUUAAAUUAAAAGAAUGUUCAAAAAGCCAUAAGCCUGAAGAUUGGCACUGCGUGCAAAAAAUAAUAAUAAUAAUAAUAAUAAUAUGGAAAACAAGCUAUGUCUUCUAAACUGCCUGAGUGAAAAGCAAUCAAGUCUAAGAAAUUACAGUAGAUAUUACGGAAGUAAGUAAAUCAGAAUAUUUUUCUGUGGAUCAAAAAUAUUUGGUCUAACUGGGGAAAAAAUGCUACAAAACCUGCCAUUAGUAUUAUGCUGUAUUUAAAACAAAAAACCAGAAACAAAAAAAGCAUAUUGAUGGACAAGAAAAUAGAGUACAACAAAGAGCUCCUAUACUGCCCUCAAAAUUGAGUAUGCAGUUAAUGUCAGUCAGGAUUCAUCUGUGCAAAAACAUCAGAUUUCCAGAUUCAACUAGCGUAGCCAGCAGAAAAUUCUGAUCCACAUUGCAUGGAUUUGGGGGAGGGGAAAUUAAAAACAACAACAACUUUUUUUUUUUAAUUCAAAGAUAACAAAGUUCUUGUAAGGUAAAUAAUGUAUUUAGCAUGAAGCAUGAAUUAUUUUCAUAUAAAUAUAGAAAAUAGAGAAAAAGGCUAUGCCUCUAAUUUUUAAGCCCUUAGGCUUAGAGUCUGUUUUAUUUUUGUUUUGUUUUUUUGUUUGUUUUUUGUUUUGUUUUGUUUUUUUGAAGCAGGUGUUUAAGGUUUAACCUUCUUCAGGGACAAACACUGACUGUUGGGGAACUUACUCUGCAAUAUUAAAAAUAUCUUCACACUCUGGUAGGGCUUGGAUGGUUGAAUUAUACUGCCUUGUCUGCACAUUCAGCCCCCUCUCCCUACUUCUGUUUAAAAAAAAAAAAAAAAAAGUAUGUCCUUUCUCUGCCUGUACAUGUGUAACAUGAUGCAAUAAUUUGAGGGCAAAUCUAGUAGUGAGUGUGUAUGAUAGAAUCAAGAGAAUAAUGGGAGCUUAAUUGAGGAAAAUAAUUCGGAUUUGGUUCAGGGAUAGGUAUGUCAGUGAAUAGCUUUGCUAAUUUGCCAUGAAAAGAAAUGAAGUUAGUAAAGAGCCUUAUUGAUGGUGAUCAGAGAUAUAGCACAGGGUUAAAGGAAGCGAUUCAGGUAUAGUUGUGCUACUCUCCUGAAAAUGUUGAUAAUUAGAUUGGAAUUCCCUGGAAGUGGGGGGGAAGCUGUGAAGAAAAUACAAUCUCUCCCACCCCAAUUUGUGAAUUUGGCAUUGAAAUCAUCUACACUAAGAAAAUCCGAGAGGCAAAAGGAACAUUACAGGGACUGAAAAUCCCUAUAAUUUCAUAAAGUAAAAUUAUCUGUCUUCUUUAAAAACUUGAGGCCACCAUAUUUAUCCUUGGUGUAGCUGUUUUAAUCCACAGAGUUACAUGAGGAGGGAGGAUAGCCCAUGAACGGGAAGCUGUAGAGGGAUAUGAUCGCCCACUCAGUGGAGUAAAAUAAAAAUUGCACCAUGAGGCAUUUGGGUUUUUCAUUUGGUUUAGGAAGUGGAAGGAUUGUGCAGUGGAUUACUAUGGUCUGUCAAUAUUGCUCUGCUCAAUGGGUGUUCUGUUGUAUAGAAAACAUACUACAGCACAAGGGUGCAGCACCAAAAUUUAUUUCUUUUCUUCUGAUUUGCCUAAGUGUGUAUCAGGACCCAAGACCCUGAUUAUAUUGUGAAUUGAAUAGUAGUCCAUGGGCUGGAUGAGUCUGGGAGAACUUCAAGCAGCGUAGAUUCAGAUGGUGGGAGACAAAGAUGGUUUAACCCUUGCACUCAAGGUGAUCUGGGUCCACUGGGUGCAGGGUUGGUCCCCAGGUGUAAGUUAGAACCCUACCGACUGCUGCUGUCACGUACACUGGUUACCAGCAGCCCUGAGAAGCAAAAACCCAUAGCUUAGGGGUCAGUGCAGCAUAGAGGUGCAUCAGCCAUAUUGCUUCCUCUGGGUAGAGUCCCUUCAUGACUGCACUGGGGUCCUUCUCCUGUUGGCGGAUAUGCCAGCUCUGCAGCCAGAAUCCACUGAUAGUGCCACACAACAACUGCACCAGAAAAUCUGGCCUCUUGUGUUUCAUGGUCUUCUGGGAAGAGUAACUGCAAAUGAAAAUGCAUUAACGUACCCCAAAAGCCAUUGUAAUACACGCUUGUGCAUAUGUUGUUCCAUCCCACCAGUCUGAUUAACAUUAAAUACAAUUAAGAGUAAAAUUUAGUGGCGUCAAGUAAAUUUGAAGCAAUGGCUUACUCCCCACCUUCACCAGAGAAAAUGACAUGGUGACAUACUAGUGGGCAAAAACUGCUCUCAGUCACAAAACUAAUUCCAGAGUAACUUUACUGACUAGAAUAGUUACUCCAGACUUACACCAGUAUAACCUGAGAUAAGUAUCUGUUCCAUAAGUACUAUUUUCUAAUUUGGCUACUUGAUUAAAUAUGUAUUUAUCACUAGUGUUAUCCACCCAAGAAAACAGUCUUGUACAUAAAUACCUAAUUAGGCAGGUUGUCUUAAAAUACAUUAUUUCUGUAAGACUUCAAUAACUCCUUUAUGGACUUGCUGGUAUAGUUAAAUAUUGGCAGGUGCAAUUUGUAGCUUCUAGGCUGGCCUACUGGGAAGAUGUCAAUAGGCUGUGUUUUAUAAAAUACUUUCAGGACCCAUUAAAAGAGAGGAACCAGAAGUUUGGUUAUGUACUAAUGCCCUCUGUAGACUAUUCAAGAAGGGCAUAAAGUAUAUGUGAUUUAAAACAAUCUAUUGUUUUAAGUUUAAACAAUAUUUUGUCCAGAAUUCCUAUACUUAUAACUGGUGACAUUCAGUACAUAACUACAGAUUGGUAUGUUUAAAAAAAAAAAAAAAAAAAAUACUUGCAAGCCACCUUUUAAAACAUGCGAUUUGUGCCUGAUUGAGCACAGUAACUUCUUCGGAAUUGGACUUGGUUCCAUCAGUUAAAUAUUCAUUUAUCUACAUAGGUGUGUUCUUUGUACAUUGGAUUGGAAGGACUGUUUAAGGUCUGUCCAGUCUAUUAUGUAACCAAACAUUAUAGAACCAAUACAAUGCAUGUUCGUAAAUACUUUCAAGAAUUAAAUAAAUAAAUAAAUAAAUAAAAAUACAUUGCCAACGCCUCAGUGCAAUUGUCACUAUUCUUAAAAUCCUGCCAAAACUAACUGGUAAUUGGAUCAUAUUAUGGACUUCAGCAUUUGCCAGACUUUUUUUCUGACAAAGCCAUUUUUGAGGAAGAACUCCUAAAAUCUCUAAACAUCUAUUUUUCCCCACUCUAGUAUUUUAAAAAAAUCUUUCAAAAUUAAUAUUCCUCAAAGCUGGUAUGAAAAAGAUAUUAGGGCAGCAGACUAUCAAUGGCAAGUUACAGACCUGAGAAGAUUUUUUUAGGGGUGGUUUAUAAUUAACAAACAAAUCCUUACAUUUUACAAUGUUCAUUUUGGAGGGAGAAACAUUUGUAAGCCAGAGCUAAUGCCACAAAUAGAUUCUGUUAAAGUCUGCAGGUGUAAAGGAAUCAACCAUUCAUUGCUUGUGUGCUGCAAAAUAUUUGAUGUUCUUUUGUAAAAUCAUUUUGAUGAAGUUUUGCCUUUUAAAAAUGCUAAGCACAGGUCUUGAGCAGCUUUGCUAUUUCAUCAAAUGUAUCUUCCUAAAAAUGAAGCUUGAUUGUGAUCUCACAAGUGUUGAAACCAGGAGUAACUCCAGGGGUAUCACUGGAGUUAAAACCAGGGUUGGUGAGAUGAGACACACACCCCUUUAGCUCUAGAAAAUCAGCCUGUGAGCCCAAUUCUCCUCAUCCAUGGGUUACAUACUAGUGUGUAAUUCGACUGAUGUCCUUGGAGUUACUCCUGAUUUAUACUAGUGGGAGAAGAAAAUCCCUAAACACACACACUGGUCUUUUACAUUUGACUGAAUUACUGCCUCGCUUUGAAAACUAUGGACCAAAUUCCCUACUUAUUUGGACUCAGUAGAGCUAUAAUGGAGUUAUGUCAAUUUUCAUAAGCAGAUAAUUUGGUCCUAAAUCAUCACCAAAUGGUGCCAUGGGUGAAAUUUCUAAAAACGCCUAAGCCAAGAGUGACCUCUUGAGUUUGAGAGAGAGGCUCCUAAGUCACUAAGGGCCAAAUUUGUAAAGGUAUUUAGGUGCCUAAAGGUGCAUAUUGACACCUGCCU